GUUUCUCUUUUCCGCAGAGUAAAAAAUAAAAAUGUGUUGUGCACUGUCUUGGCAAACCCUGAAUAUAAUUGAAUAUAUUUCUGUGCUUCUCUUCUGGUUAUUUGUUAUCUUUUAUUAUUAUCAAAUUCAGUGGCUUGGUGAAUUAGUUUAUUUAAAUAAGUAACCCCUUUUUUAUGGACCAGUGGUAUUGUGUUGAAUUCCUGAUUGUAAUACUCAUGAUACGUGCCAGAACAUCUUCCUGGGUUACUUGGUAGCCGUUGACUAUUAUUGAUCUGCAGUUACUGAAGGAUGAGACGUAAAGGACAAAAUAAUAGGGGGCGUUGACUGAAUGUUAUUUUUGUGUGCUUGAUAUCUCUUUUGUUGUUAGGAUUGAAGAAUGCGAGAGAAAUCAGCACAUUUUGACUGCAUAGAUGAGAUGACUCAUUCAGAUAUGGAUCGGCGAAGGCAUGGGAAUUCUAAUUCUGAACCUUCUACCGUUGUGAGUAGUGCCAACAUUUUGCGGCCAAAUAUCCGCGCAGUGGCAAUGGCUUCAGGGAACACGAGUAAUGUUGAUUCCCACUAUUCACCAGAUGUCUAUGACACUGCAGUAAUGCAUAGAGGGACACAAUACAAUGCCAUUCAAAAUCAACGUAAUCUUGAUAUGGGUGUUGCAGCUGUGGCCAACUUGCAUUAUUCUGGCAUGAAUCCUUCUUCUAGUACUGGUGUAUUACCGCUUCCUUCAAAUCACGGAGCCUAUGAUCAGUUGCCAGCGUCAACCACAUUUGCUGUAUACGGAGUUUCUUCAGAUAAUUUUGGGAGGAUCAGCAGCUAUGCAGAUGACGUCAGAGCUUCAUUCAAAAGGAAAAAUGCUGAAACUGUCAGGGGCAAUUUCCCACAUUUUGAUGCCUCAGCUAGUUCUUCAGUCGUUCCCCCAGAUGCAAGGCACUCUGACGGGGUUACUAUUAUGGAUACUGCUUCCUUGCCCCCUCCUCAAUUCCGAGGAAAUAGCAUCCCUUCACCCAUGGACUUAGGUCCCUUUGGUAGUUUGUGGAGCAGGUCAGGUGAGUCUGUUAUGGUGCAUGAACAUAGCCAUUUGAUUCAAGGUAAUUAUUUAGGGCAGCCCUUCCAGCCAGUUGCUCCUCCCUGGUUGGAUCAACAGUUGAACAACAGUCACAGUGAUGGGCAUGCUACAGCUUGGAAUCAGUCUCUUCCAAUGCCUUACGUGCAAGCACCCAAUGUUAAUGGAAGUUCAUUGGAGAAUGCAACUAUGGGUUUGCAGAGAUAUCAUGAUUCAGCUAGUAACAUUAAUGGCCUCAGGUUUGUUCAUCCUCUUGUCAACCACCAGUACCAUAAUUAUCAUCAUCCAGCAGUACCAAUGAGAGGAUUCAGAGGCCACAAUAUCAUGUUUCAACCUCCAGUAACUGCAGCUUCUUAUAGAGUUCCUACAAAUCCUUUACGCAAUGCUGUGAUCCCUGCACAGAAUGGUUUUGAGAUGGGUCAUAGGCCUGUUGGCCUUGUACCUUCAGCAGGCCUACAGGUAUAUCGUCCUCAUAGAGGAUACAUGAAUGAGACAACAAUUGGGCAUCGAAAUCUUCACCCUAUGGGCUAUCUCCAAGUUGAUGUAGAUGUUGCAAUACUGGAUGAAGUGGGAUUGGUCGACCAUCACAGAGAUAUGCGCUUGGACAUUGAGGAUAUGUCUUACGAGGAGCUUCUCGCAUUGAGUGAGCGAAUUGGCAACGUAAGCACUGGUUUAUCAGAAGAGUCCAUUUCAGCUUUAAUGAAAACUAGAAUUUAUGCAACACCCACUAUUAUUAACCUGGAAGAGGAAGAAGCUUCAGAGGAUCAGGAAACUGAUUCAUGCACAAUAUGCCUGGAGAAAUAUGAGAACAAACAGAAGAUAGGAAUUCUUCAAUGCGGUCAUGAGUAUCAUGCACAUUGCUUGAAGAGAUGGCUUAAGGAGAAAAAUGUAUGUCCCAUAUGCAAAUCGGAAGCAUUGAGUCCGGGAAAGGACAAGGAUAUAAAAACCAAAUGAAGGCAAAAUCUCUUCGUCUAGCCAUGCCCAUCAUCCCUUUUGGCAACUUUAUUUUUGGACACAGUCCAUAUUUUGUUGUGUAAUUUUGUAUAUGUACUUGCACAUAUAUAGACAGUUCCGCUGUCCAACUCUUUUACUUGUUGGCUCCAGUGACAUUGUAUCUAUCAAAUUGUACAGACUUUGUUGUGUGAUGUAUCAGCUUCGGGUAAUUAUAUUAUUACCUUGACAUUUUUUGGUUCAUUUUGACAAGUAUGGUUGGAAGCCCCAUUACCAUGCUCAGAAUGAAGUUUACGUCUUUACUCUUAA